AGCUCAUAGAGAGACACAUACUGAAAACACAAGUAACACAACACAAACACAUAACAGAAACAAAUCAAAGAAGAAGAAGAAGACAAAAUGGUGAAGGUGACCAUGUGGGUUCCCGUCUUAGCUGCGAUUCUCCUGGUGACGGUGGCCAAAAUCCCGGUGGCAGAAGGGGUGACGUGCACGGUGUCAGAGCUGUUUCCAUGUGCGCCGGCGUAUACGUCAUCUUCGCCGCCGUCACGGACGUGCUGCACGAAGCUGAGAGAGCAGACGCCAUGCUUUUGUGGGUACCUGAGGAACCCUAGCCUCCGCGGAUACAUUAACAAUCCUAACUCCAGGAAAGUCUCCAGCAUUUGCAAGAUCUCUCCCCCAAGGUGUUAAAAAUGGAUUGACGUUGUUUAUCAUUAAGUGACACUGAUUAUGAAGUGGUCAGUAGUACCGUCUUGAAUAAUAAUACUAGGUGAUGAUUAUCAUAAGCGGAUGAUGUGUAUGUUUCUAUCUUACAAUAUAUUAUAACAAAAGUGCUAAGGAACAAAGAAAAA